AUGCCGGUGACCUUCGAGGAGGUGGCUGUGUAUUUCACCCAGGGGCAGGGGGCUCUGCUGGACCCCGCUCAGAGAGCCCUCUACAGGGACGUCAUGCAGGAGAACUACGAGACGGUGACCUCGCUGGGAUUCCCCAUUCCCAAACCUGACCUGAUCGCCCGGCUGGAACGAGGGGAAGAGCCGUGGAUCCCAGAUCUCCAGGCCUGGGAGGAAAGAGAGAGCCUGAGAGGCACCUGCACAGGUGAUAGGACAGUGAGUGAGAACAAGGAGGAGAAUCAGCAGCAGGAAGGUCCUGAGAAAGUGGAACCACAGGAGAUGUUUUUGAGAAGAGCUGAAGGGAAUUUUUCCCAGUGCUUGGAACAGGGAGAAGCCUGGGGAGAACAACACAGAACAGAGAUGCAGCUGGGAAACUAUCCCAGGAACAAGCUGUAUGAAUCCAUUCUCUGUGGCGGAGGAUGGAAGGAUCCCAGGGAAACCACAAUCCCGCAGACAAGUCACAAUGAAGAGAAACCCUACAAAUGCCUUGAGUGUGAGAAAAGAUUCCGUUUCAGUGCAACCCUUCUUACACAUUGGAGAACCCACAUAGGAGAGAAGUCCUAUGAAUACUUGGACUGUGGGAAAAGCUUCAGUAAGAAGUCAUUUCUUAUUAUACAGCAGGGACUGCACAUGGAAGAGAAAUCCUAUAAAUGCCUUGAGUGUGCAAAAGUUUUCAGUGUGCAGUCGGCCCUUAUUAGACAUGGGAGAACUCACAUGGGAGAGAAACCCUAUAAAUGCAUGGACUGUGGGAAAACUUUUGGUCGGAGCUCAGACCUUAUUAAACAUAGGAGAAUCCACACAGGAGAGAGACCAUAUAAAUGCCUUGAGUGUGGGAAAAAUUUCAUUCGCCUCUCACACCUUAUUAAGCAUCAGAGAGUCCACGCAGGUGACAAACCGUAUAAAUGCCUCAACUGUGGGAAGAGUUUUGUUGACAGAACAAAACUUACUAGACAUCAGGCAAUCCACACAGGAGAGAGACCCCAUAAAUGCUUGGACUGUGGGAAAAGCUUCAUUCAGAAGUCACAAUUUAUUAUACACCAGAGAGUGCACACAGGAGAGAGACCCUUUCUAUGCUGUGAGUGUGGGAAAAGUUUUAUUCAGAAAUCACAGCUUAUUACCCAUCAACGAACCCACACAGGAGAGAAACCUUAUAAAUGCCUUGAGUGUGGGAAAAGUUUUAUGCAAAGUUCAUCUCUUAUUCAACAUAGAAGAAUCCACAAAGGAGAAAGACCCUAUAAAUGCCUUGAGUGUGGGAAAAAUUUUAUGGAACGUUCAUCCCUUAUUAAACAUAGGAGAAUUCACACAGGAGAAAGACCCUAUAAAUGCCUCGAGUGUGGGAAAAGUUUUAUGGAAAGUUCAUCCCUUACUAAACAUAGGAGAAUCCACACAGGAGAAAGACCCUAUAAAUGCCUCGAGUGUGGGAAAGAUUUCAGUCAUCGCUCACACCUUAUUAAGCAUCAGAGAACACACAGAGGCGACAAACCCUAUAAAUGCCUUGAUUGUGGGAAAAGCUUAGUUGACAGAACAAACCUUACUAGACAUCAGGCAAUUCACACUGGAGAGAAACCCCAUAUAUGCUUGGACUGUGGGAAAAGCUUCAUUCAGAAGUCACAACUUACUCUACACCAGAGAGUGCACACAGGAGAGAGACCCUUUCAAUGCUGUGAGUGUGGGAAAAGUUUUAGUGAGAGCUCAAAGCUUACUAGACAUCAGAGAACCCACACAAGAGAGAGACCCUAUGGGUGCCUGGAGUGUGGGAAAAGAUUUAUGCAAAGUUCAUCCCUUAUCAAUCAUGGGCGAAUCCACACAGGAGAAAGACCCUAUAAAUGCCUCGACUGUGGGAAAGGUUUUAUCGCAAGUUCAGCCCUUACUAAACAUAGGAGAAUCCACACAGGAGAAAAACCCUAUAAAUGCCUUGAGUGUGGGAAAACUUUCAGUCAGCGCUCACAUCUUACUCAGCAUGGGAGAACGCACACAGGAGAGAGACCCUACAAAUGCCCUGAGUGUGGAAAAAGUUUCAGUUUCAAAUCAGGCCUUAAUAUGCAUCAGAAAACCCACACAGGAGAGAAAUCCCAUAAAUGCUUGGACUGUGGGAAAACUUUCAGUCAGCACUCAUACCUUACUAAACAUAGGAGAAUCCACAUAGGAGAGAGACCUUAUAAAUGCCUUGACUGUGGGAAAAGCUUCAGUAAGAGCUCAGCGCUGACCAAACAUCAGAAACCACAAGGAUGAGAGACCCUAGGAAUAGCUUGACUGCAAGAAAAGAUUCAAUUUGACUUCACACAUCAGUGACCCACACAACAGAGAGACCUUGAAUGUGGGGGAAGCUUCAUUUGAUGCUCCCGGAGUAUCAGACACCCGCAAAUCCAUACAGGGAAGAAACCUCUGAGAUGUUCUCAGUGUGGAAAAUGCUCCAAGUGGCGCUAACGCCAUGUUGGACAUCAGAGACUCCUCCCUGCAGCAGGGAAAUUCUCUCAGGGACCUGACUGGGGCCAGCCAUGGUGACAAACCCAUUUCCUCGUUCCCACACACAUCAGGGUGUUUGGCUCCCAAGGAUCCAGCUGCCCGUUGCUGGAGGGAGGAUCCUGCAGCAGCCGAGCAUCAGCUGGUCAGUGACCCUCUGGCUCUGCCUGGUCUAAGCAAACCCCAGGCAGAGGUGGAGAAACCCCCAUCAGCCCCUCCUCCCUGCUGCAGCCCUGGCUGCUGAGCCUCAGGUGGAGGAAGGGAGAGAGAGAAAAUCCUCCAGCUGCCCCCUCUGCCUGGCUGAAGUUCCCCAUCUCCAUGGACAGUGGAGUGCCCUUGGGGGGGAAGACUAGCCCAUCCCCCUCUGCCUGAGGCCCUGCCCCUUCUGCUCCAGGAGGGGGCCUGGUGGAGUGUGGGCGGGGCCAUGCUAGAGUGUUUCGGGAGGCAUGGCCUCCCCCGGCCCACUGUACCUGCUGCCCAUGCCCCUCUCUCUUCCCCUCCCAGGCGGGAUCCCCCUGCCAUGGAGAUGAGGAGAAGGACACUUGGGCCAGGCUCCAUCUUCAGUCUACACACCUGUCCCCACCCCCCAUCUUCCACGAGCCCCGGGGCUGGGCUCCCCUACUCACCUGGAGCUGUUCCCUGCAGGGGGAGUGUCUCUGGGGGCUGGUAACUCCUCCCCUCCCCAAAUCCCCCAGGGCGCUGGGUUCUGGGGGAUCCACCAUUAAGGGACCAGGGCGAUGGGCUAUGGUGAGGAAACUGGGGAUUGAAUGGUUGGGGCUGGAGUAGCUGGGAAGCAGGGGGAGCUGGGUGCUGGGCUAUCGAGUGUUUGGGGCUCAUGGGAUCAGAGGCGAGAGGGAGCACAGAGGCAGAGAGGUGCUGCCUCAUCACUCACCCCCUCUGCUCCUUCUCCCUGCCCCCGCUGCAUUCAGACAGCACCAUUAGCAGAGACUGAUUCCCACAGGGCCUUUAGUUGGCAGUCUGGAUUUCCCACCUCUGCUACAGCAGCAUCAGCCUGUGAGAGGGAAGCAGCGUUACCUAGUGGGUAGAUCACUGGCCUGGGACUCAGGAGACAUAAGCUCUGUUCCCAAAGCUGCCAGCAGCUUGCGGGAUGACCUGAGACAAAUCUGUGCCUUCCAGAGAGGGAAUAAAUGGGGAGUGAUAAUAUCAGCCUCCGAGCGUCUGUCUAGGGCAGGAGAAGUGGUUGGGAUUAGCUGGUGCGUCUCCUUUGUUCCUCCGCCCCUUUUUCUAGUCUAGACUGACCCUGAGCAGUUCAUUCCAAUCCCCCAUUAGCAAAGUGAUUGUUGGAGUCACUAAGUCCCCCCUUCGCAGUGAGAUUGUCUCAUUCCCAGACAGCCUCACAUUGCUCCAGGUUCUGCUGAAAAGCAUUUAACUGGUUGUGCUGUUUCUCCCUUAUCCGCCAGCAUUCAAUAGAGUCUAAAAGAGCUGGAGCAGGAAUAGCAAAAUAAUGUGGUGUUUUCGCUUCUGUUUUAUUGGAGGGGACGGGGAGACUCCGGGGGAUUCCCUCCCGCCCCCAUCAAGCUCACACAUCUUCUCUCACAGAGCAGCCUCUGUCCAAGCCGUGCAGAGUUUAUCCUUUUCCCUUUCUACCCCUCCUGUGUGUCAUUUACCACAGUGUCCUUUCCCACCAUGCUUAGGAACCAGGCUUUGAUUUCUUUGAUCCUCAAUCAGGCCCUGAGGGCUGGAGAAGAAAAUGUCCCAUUCCUGAAGGGGGAAUUGAAAUGAACCCAAAGCACAGUUUGAGCUUCAAGCGCAGCCUCCAGCUAUUGGUAAAGUGGCAUCUGGAGUUUUUCCCGCCAAAUCCAGAUCAUUUGUAGAUAGGAAAUUUUUGGCUGUUUGUCUUUUUGUUUCCUCUUUCUUUUGUGACGAUGAUGAUAAAGCUUUUGUCAGUAACCAGCCAAAUAAUGCGGCGGUGCUGAGGAAAGGAGCUUUAGCCUGUUCAGCAGGAAACGGGCAAAUUUGUUCCCAAGAUUUGAGUUUUAAAAUUUUCUGGGAUUUCACUUCAUGAACGGGAAAGUGAUUUGUAGCCUACCCUGGAGUGUGGGUUUUUCUCUUUUAGGUGAAGUCUGUUCUGUCACGUAUUUUGAUAAUAAAUAAGUUUUAAAGGACCUAGUUCAGAUUUCUUGGGGACUUCAAAAGACAAAUGAUAAUUUGCCACAAUAGUCCUCACUGAUUUUCUUUUCACAUCAGAUUUGCUGCUUCUUUGAACAAUGAAAGUAACCAGUGUCUGUCAGCAAAGCACUGAGGGUGAGUGCUGGAUACGCACUCCAGGAGUCAGGGACUGAAAUGGGGAAGGAAGUGACUGCCUGAUCCCUGCAGAGAUGUGAGAUACAGUCAGGAGGGGGAGAGGGUGGGUGGGUCGGUGUCCUGGGCCUUGAAAGGGCCCUGUUUGCUCUUGCGAGCCAGAGAGCUGAGUCUGAGAACUGUGAACUCACUGUACAUGUCCCAGAGGGAGAGGAAAUGUCCUACAAGUUCUGGGUGAAGUCAUCCUUGAACUCUGAAGAGCUACAGAUGAAGCCCCAAGAGGACUGAUGUGGAGAGAGGUCGGCGACUCCCCAUUGCUGAGAGGAGGAGGCCAGGCGAAUGCCUCUCUCAUGGAUUGUUAGCGCUUUUCUACCAG